CCUCCUCCAGGGUCCGGGGCCGGCGGCGGGCGCCGCCAGCGGAGUCGGUUGGGCGGCGGAAGCUCGGCGCAGGGCGGGCCAGGCGACUGGUCCGGGCCAUGCCGAGGAAGAAGCCCUUCAGCGUGAAGCAGAAGAAGAAGCAGCUGCAGGACAAGCGGGAGCGGAAGCGGGGGCUUCAAGAUGGGCUGCGCUCCAGUUCCAACAGCCGCAGCGGGAGCCGGGAGCGGCGGGAGGAGCAGACCGACACCUCGGACGGGGAGUCUGUGACCCAUCACAUCCGGAGGCUCAACCAGCAGCCUUCGCAGGGGCUGGGGCCGCGAGGCUACGACCCACAUCGGUACCGGCUGCAUUUUGAACGGGACAGCCGGGAGGAGGUGGAGAGGAGGAAGAAGGCGGCCCGGGACCAAGUGUUGAAGCCUGUCAGUGCGGAGGUGCUGGAGCUGGACAUCCAGGAGGUCUAUCAGCCCGGCUCAGUCCUGGACUUUCCUCGCCGUCCGCCUUGGAACUACGAGAUGUCCAAAGAGCAGCUGAUGAGCCAGGAGGACCGGAGCUUCCAGGAGUAUCUUGGGAAAAUCCACGGGGCUUACACUUCGGAGAAGCUCAGCCACUUUGAGCACAAUCUGGAGACAUGGAGGCAGCUGUGGCGUGUGCUGGAGAUGUCCGACGUUGUCCUGCUCGUCACUGACAUCCGACAUCCUGUCGUGAAUUUCCCACCAGCGCUUUAUGAGUACGUGACUGGGGAGCUCGGGCUGGCCCUGGUGCUGGUCCUGAACAAGGUGGACCUGGCCCCACCUGCCCUCACCGUCGCCUGGAAGCAUUAUUUCCACCAGCACUUUCCCCAGCUCCACAUUGUCCUGUUCACCUCUUUUCCUCGGGACCCCUGUGCUUCACGUGACGCUGGGAGUGUCUUGAAGAGGAGUCGGCGGCGGCGGGGCACAGGAUGGACUCGGGCCCUGGGGCCGGAGCAGCUGCUGCGAGCCUGUGAGGCCAUCACUGCGGGGAAAGUGGACCUGAGCAGCUGGCGGGAGAAGAUCGCCCGGGAUGUGGCCGGGGCCACCCGGGGCAGUGGCUCUGGGGAGGAGGAGGACGAGGAGGACGGACCGGCUGUCCUGGUGGAGCAGCAGACGGACUCCACCCUAGAGCCGAGUGGCCCAGCCCGGGAGCGCUACAAGGACGGGGUGGUGACCAUUGGCUGUGUGGUUCCUGUCAGCCCAGCCGCACCCCAGGUCCUGCCGCAGCGGAGCUGGGCCUGCGCUCACGCCCAGCCUCCUUCAGGUUUCCCCAACGUGGGCAAGUCCUCGCUCAUCAAUGGGCUCGUGGGCCGGAAGGUCGUGAGCGUCUCCAGGACUCCGGGCCACACCCGCUACUUUCAGACCUACUUCCUCACCCCCACGGUGAAGCUCUGUGACUGCCCUGGCCUGACCUUCCCCUCUCUGCUGCCCAGACAGCUGCAGGUCCUGGCCGGGAUCUACCCCCUCUCGCAGAUCCAGGAGCCCUACACUGCGGUGGGCUACCUGGCCUCGCGCAUCCCUGUGCAGACGCUGCUGCACCUGCGCCACCCGGAGGCUGAGGACCCGUCCUCCGAACACCCCUGGUGCGCCUGGGACAUCUGCGAAGCCUGGGCCGAGAAGCGCGGCUACAAGACCGCCAGGACGGCGCGUAACGAUGUGUACCGAGCGGCCAACAGCCUGCUGUGGCUGGCGGUGGACGGCCGCCUCAGCCUGUGCUUCCACCCCCCGGGCUACAGUGAGCAGAAAGGCACCUGGGAGUCUCAUCCCGAGACCGCAGAGCUGGUGGUUCUGCAGGGCAGAGUGGGGCCGGCAGGCGAGGAGGAGGAGGAGGAGGAGGAGGAAGAGGAGGAGCUGAGCAGCUCCUGUGAGGAGGAGGGAGAGGAGGACCGCGAUGCGGACGAGGAGGGGGAAGGGGAUGAGGACACCCCGACCUCCGGCCCGGGCUGCGGCCUGGCUGCCCGCAACCCCUACGCUGUGCUGGGCGAGGACCAGUGCUGAGGCCCCUCCACCUCCCAUCGGAACCCCGCCCCAGGAAGAGAGAUGCUCCUGCCUCAGCCUGGGCCAGCGCGCUGGGGAGGCCUCCCCUCCCUGCCUUCUGCUGUUGUGUGCUCUCCAAGGAAAGUUCUGGGUGGGUCCUCAGCCCCUGCCCUCUCCCGCCCUGCACCUUAGGAACAGGACGGGCCUGGGUUGAACCAGGAGGGAGGUGAGCCGCUCUGGCUGAGGCCUCCGGCUGAGGUUCUUACAGGAGUUCCUCAAGUGGGCAAAUGCUGAGUCUGCCGAGCAUCUGGACCUGUGCCGAGCGCCGAGCGUCGAGCGAGUGAGGAUGCGCCCGGCGUGGUCCGGAUGCCAUCAGGCACCCGGGCUUUGGACUGGGGAAGCCCUGUACUGUUCUCCGCAUCCUGGGAGCUCAUGAAGUAUAAGCCUAGGACUUCCUGUUGAUAAAAAUUUUUAGUUGCAGACAA